AUGUCCGCCACGACCGAAGGCGCGCCCGGCCACGGCACAGUCGCGCACCUGCUGCCGCAGAGCUACAAGCGCAUGGUAGCAGCGUGGCUGGAGGAAGACACGCCGGACUUUGACUACGGGGGCUUCGUCGUCGGGGAGGAGGAGACGGAGGCGCGGCUGCUGGGGAAGAGCGAGGGCAUCGUCGCCGGCGUCCCCUUCUUCAACGAAGUCUUCACGCAGCUGGACUGCAGCGUAACCUGGCACAUUGCGGAAGGCGCCUCCUUCGCGCCCGUAACACACUGCGCAACGGUGCGGGGCCCCGUGCGCAAACUCCUGCUCGGCGAGCGCGUCGCGCUGAACGCACUCGCGCGCUGCUCCGGCAUCGCGACGCAAUCGGCGCGCACGCUCGCGCUGCUCCGCCGCGCCGGCUACACCUCCACGCUCGCCGGCACGCGCAAGACCACGCCCGGCUUCCGCCUCGUCGAGAAGUACGGCAUGCUGGUCGGCGGGUGCGAUCCGCACCGGCACACGCUGUCGACGAUGACGAUGCUGAAGGACAACCACAUCCACGCGAGCGCGUCUAUAACCCGCGCAGUCGCGGCCGCGAAAGCGGCGGGCGGCUUCGCCGUCAAGGUCGAGGUGGAGUGCCAGAGCUUUGAGGAGGCGGACGAGGCGAUUGCCGCGGGGGCGGAGGUCGUGAUGUUGGAUAAUUUUACCGGGGAGGGGGUGCGGGAGUGCGCGCGGCGGCUGAAGGAGAAGUGGGGGCAGCGGGCGCUGGUCGAGGUGAGUGGCGGGUUGACGGAGGAGAAUGUUAGCCAGUUUGUGUGUGAGUGGGUUGAUGUGGUCAGUACGAGUAGUAUUCACCAGGGCGUCAAGCAUGUGGAUUUUAGCUUGAAGGUUGUGCCGAAGGGCAAGGGGGCGGGCGAGGUCAAGGGCGAGUCGUUGGAGGUUUAG